AUGGUUGUCUCUGCACAACAAGAGGGCUUGCAUGCGAGGCCGUCGUCAGCCCCGGCUCUGGUCCCCACUCUCUCCACCCCGGCCCGAUCGUCGUCUCCCCGCCCUCUUCAACCGCCUGCAUUUGGGCCUGGCCCCGACCCUGUCGUGCCCGAGCUCUCAACCGCGCACCCUCAACGCGACCGCCAGAUAGGUCCAGACCCCGCCGCCGCCCCUACUGCCACCGUCCCCCAGCAGGGUGGCUUCGAACGCGAAUCUUCCUUUGAGGAGGACUACAGACGCUGGGAGUCCCAGGUCGUCCACGGCCAACCUCCCGUUCCGACAGGCCAUAUUCUCGUUCCUCGCGCGCCCGCUCCUGGUCCACCAACCACCCCCUUCUACGUCUCCCCACCUGCACCGCCAACGUGCCACGACCCUCAAACACCCCCGCUUGAGUCUCUUGAGCGCCCGGCUGCUGCAGACUGGCUCGCCGGCCCCGAACCCACUGGUGCUGCGAUAGAGUCGACACCAGUCAGUCCGGGGGUGGGAGACGAGCCCAGUGGCUCGGCAGCGGGGUUGUGUACGGCAUCGCAAGAUCCUGACGUCCAGCGUGCCAUACGUGAGGUCGAAGCCCAGGUUGAGGAACGCGAAUUCCAGCCACUUACAGCCCCGGUGAAAGAACCGCUUGCGCAGCCCGGUGACGCUGAGGCCCCUCGCAACAAGACAGCCGCAAACCGGGCCAAGAAAGCCAGGCAGAAGGCAAACAAGAAGGCAAGGAAAGCUGCUGCAGCCGCUGAAACCUCCGGGGACCCAGAAGCCCACAGCAAUCCAGACACGAUGAAGGACGACGGCAAGAGGAAGGCGACCGAAGACCCCACGUCCCCUGCUGCGGCUAAGCGCGUAAAGCACGACGAUUCGGCUGAGCCUCCCCCGAAGCCAAAGAUGGCUGUCAUUCCUUUUCCUGAGAAGCCUGCUCAACUUGAGGAGCGUGCCGGCGAUAUCCAGUUCCGCGUGGUGAAUAAUGAUGGCGACAAGGACAGCUUCAUCAUCAUGACCGGGCUGAAGUGCAUCUUCCAGAAACAGCUGCCCAAGAUGCCCAAGGACUACAUCGCGCGCCUGGUCUACGAUCGGACCCAUGUCUCUAUCGCCAUCGUCAAGAAGCCUCUGGAGGUAGUGGGCGGCAUCACGUACCGCCCAUUCAACGAUCGCAAGUUUGCCGAGAUUGUUUUCUGUGCAAUCUCGUCUGACCAGCAGGUUAAAGGCUACGGUGCCCAUCUCAUGGCGCACUUGAAGGACUACGUCAAGGCCACGAGCCCGGUCAUGCACUUCCUCACCUAUGCAGACAAUUACGCGAUUGGCUACUUCAAGAAACAGGGCUUCACCAAGGAGAUCACGCUUGACAAGUCAGUUUGGAUGGGCUACAUCAAAGACUACGAAGGCGGCACCAUCAUGCAGUGCACGAUGCUUGAGCGGGUCCGAUACCUUGAGGUCGGCCGUAUGCUGCAGAAGCAGAAGGAGUGCGUGCUGGCCAAGAUCCGAGCCUACUCAAACUCACACGUCGUCCAUCAGCCGCCUAAGCAGUGGAAGAAUGGCCCUUCACCCAUCGACCCCAUGAAGAUAGAGGCCAUCAAAAACUCGGGAUGGUCGCCAGAGAUGGACGAGCUGGCCCGCCAGCCGCGUCAUGGCCCCAAUUACAAUCAGCUCCUGCACCUUCUCAAUGACAUGCAGAACCACCAGAGCGCCUGGCCGUUCCUGAUGCCAGUCAACAAGGAUGAUGUCCACGACUACUACGACGUCAUCAAGGAGCCAAUGGAUCUCUCUACCAUGGAGCAGAAGCUUGAGAUGGACCAGUACACCACCCCGGAGGACUUCACCAAGGACGCUACCCUAAUCUUCAAGAACUGCCGCCAGUACAACAGCGAGGGUACUCCAUACACUAAGAGUGCGAAUAAACUCGAGAAGUUCAUGUGGUCCAAGAUCAAGGAGAUUCCUGAAUGGAGUCAUCUGGCCGAUGAUCAGGGCAAGUGA